CCUUCCCAUUCCCUCCGCCGCUUCCUUCGAGCCACCACAAACGAUAGCCAAGUGAUCCCGCUAAUGAUUGGGGACAGAAUCAUUGCCUGUUGCCUGGUUCGUUAGAUGAGACUCAACGGGUCUUGCUUCCUGCACGACCCACUCUGCGUAUGCAAUGAGGAUGAUGGUGCUUUUCGCACCAGCGAUGCCCGAGAGCCGCAUGGCUGCGGGAAGCCCUCUUAUAUAGCAAUCGUGACCGAGACAUUCCAUGUGGCUCGCUGCUCUAAGUGUUCAAGUUCAUCUUUCUAUUGACUCAAUGGCAAUCAUCGCGAGUACACCAGUGACCCUGGCCGCUGCGGCCGCUCUGGUCCUCACGUACUGGGGAUACAUCGCGAUCUACAGACUGUACUUCUCUCCACUGGCCAGGUUUCCCGGGCCCAAACUUGCCGCCAUCAGCGGCUGGUAUGAGUUCUACUUUGAUUAUUGGAAACAAGGCAAAUAUAUCUUUGAGAUCGAGCGGUUGCAUCAAGUCUAUGGACCCAUUGUGCGCAUCAACCCCGACGAACUGUCUAUUCAUGAUCCCGAGUUCUACAAUGAGAUCUAUGUCACUGAGAGCAAGCGCCGCACGAGCCACUACGACGUGUUCUGCAAAGGCAUUGACUUCGACGGCUCGCAUCUUUUGACUGUGGACCACAACCUGCACCGCAAGCGCAGAAAGCCCCUCGAGCCUUUCUUCUCUCGUAUGGGGAUCACCCGGCUGCAGGAUAUGCUGGCGGAAGUCGCCCUCAAGCUCGAGGCACGCCUGCGCGAAUACGAGGGCACGCACACGGUGAUCCGACUGGAUCAUGCGUUUUCCGCCUUCUCGGGCGACAUCAUUGGGCGUAUCUGCUUGGACCGCGAGGAUGCUGGCAACGAGUUCCUGGAUGAUCCCUUGUUUGCACCGGACUGGUAUAAUCUCAUUCACAACCUCGUGCGGUCGAUCCCGCUGUUUACCGGCUUUCCGUGGAUUGUGCAGCUCGUGAGCUUUAUCCCAGAGAGUUUCCUGCUCAAGGCCUUCCCACAGGGUCAAGUUUUCAACACGUUCAAAGCCGUCGCGCUCCGCAACAUCGAGCGGAUCCUCAGCAACAAAGAGUCUCUGAAACAGCAAGGAUACAGCAGCGCCUCGCUCUUCCACCACGUCGCGGACAGCGAUAUGCCGGACUCCGAACGGUCGCCCGAGCGGUUGGCCAAGGAGGCGCAGGUGCUGCUGGGCGGCGGGACGGCCAGCACGGCGCGCACCAUCGGCUUCGCCUCCUACUACAUCCUCUCCAACCCGGCCAUCAAGGCGCGGCUGCAGGACGAGCUGCGCGAGCCGAUGGCGGAGUGGCCCGACCGGGUCCCCAGCUGGGCGGAGCUGGAGCGUCUCCCGUACCUGCAGGCCAUCAUCAAGGAGUCCCUGCGCCUCAGUUACGGCGUCAUGCACCGGUUACCGCGCAUCUCGCCCGACCUGCCCAUCCAGUACAAGGACUACACAAUUCCCAUUGGGACUCCCGUAGGGAUGUCCGCCUACUUCAUGCACUCCGACCCCGCCGUCUACCCAGAGCCCAAGACCUUCCGUCCCGAGCGCUGGGUCGAGAAUGUCACCCCGGCCAUGAUACAACAGUAUGUGCCAUUUUGCCGCGGAUCGCGCAACUGCCUCGGUCAAAACUUGGCAAUGGCCGAGAUGUCUCUCAUCCUGGCCGUUUUGUACCGGCCGAACGGCCCCAAGUUGGAGCUGUACGAGACCGAUGAGACGGAUGUGAUCCAGGCCCACGAUUUCAUGAUCCCGCUCCCCAAGGUCACGACUAAAGGCGUGAGGGCUUUGAUUCGUUGAUUGCGUUGGAUGUUCGUCAUUUUUUUUUUCUUUGCUGCUGUUUUCUUUUCUGUUCUUAUUUUCUGUCUCCUUUGGAUUUCUCGCUAUGUUCGCGCUGAUUCUGUAUUCUAACCAUCAUCAUCGAGUCCGAAAAUUCGCAAUAUACUACAGUUCAAUCCGGGUAACCCGGCAAAUGGAAGCUAGAGUACCCUUCAGACCGCAGCCCCCAUUUAAUGCAGUGCAUCAAUGCACAGGGCAAUUGAAAUAUCCUCGGGGAUGGGUCACUGUCAC